UCCAGUUCGUUCCAGUCAUUGGCAGCAGAGAACUGGAAGGAAAGGUGACCAAAUGAAGAAUUGGCUUUGGGGGUGACCAGUGAAAUAUACCUGCUGUUAAGUCUGCCGGCAUUGAGUGCAUCUGAAUUGGGAAGAGAGGGUAGAGGACAAAGAACACUGGGAAACAAGAGGAAGAGAGGAGGAGGAGAAAAAUGGAGGCCAUAUCUUUAGAUCAGUCUGCGACGGUGGAUGAGCUGGUGGAAGCGUGCAUCCAAGCCUUUGAUGAGACGGGCACUUUGAAGGACCCCUCCCUAGUGCGUAUGUUUCUUAUGAUGCACCCUUGGUACCUUCCCUCCACCGACAUGGCAAAGAAACUACUGCUCAAAUCACAGGAGGAGAGCUGCACUGCUGAGCUCAGGACAAGAAUCUGCCACUUGGUGAAGUACUGGAUCAGUGAGUUCCCAGCGGAGUUCAAUCUGAACCCAGAGCUGGCAGAGCAGAUCAAAGACCUCAAGGACCUCUUGACCACUGAGGGGAACGAGCGGCAGAGUCAGCUCAUCGACAUCGACAGUGUGCCGUCAUACAAGUGGAAGCGUCAGGUGACCCAGAGGCAGCCAUCCAUGUCUAAGAAGAGGAAGAUGUCUCUGCUGUUUGACCACUUGGACUCCAGCGAGCUUGCCACACACCUCACCUACCUGGAGUACAAGUCCUUCUGCAAGAUACUGUUCCAGGACUACCACAGCUUUGUGAUGCAUGGCUGCACGGUAGACAACCCCAUCCUGGAGCGCUUCAUCACACUCUUCAACAGUGUGUCUCAGUGGAUCCAGCUGAUGGUGCUCAGCAAGCCAACCGCCCCCCAGAGGGCUGCAGUCAUCUCCCACUUCAUCAGGGUGGCUCAGAAACUGCUCCAGCUUCAGAACUUCAACACUCUGAUGGCUGUGGUGGGGGGGCUCAGUAACAGCUCCAUAUCUCGCCUCAAAGACACCCAGUCACACAUCAGCAACGAGACCAACAAGGUGUUCAACAGCCUGAUCGAACUGGUGACGUCGUGCGGCAACUACAGCCAGUACCGACGUCGUUUCUCCGACUGCACAGGCUUCCGUUUUCCUAUCCUGGGCGUGCACCUCAAGGACCUGAUCGCCGUGCACGUGGCGCUGUCCGACUGGGCCGACCCGGGCAAGAGCAGGGUCAACCUGGCCAAGAGCCAACAGCUGUAUGUUAUCCUCCAGGAGUUGGCGCUGAUCCAGACCACGCCACCCAGCAUCGAUGCCAACACAGACCUACUUAACCUACUUACGGUGUCUCUGGACCAGUACCACACAGAAGAGGAGAUCUACCAGCUGUCUCUACAGAAAGAGCCACGCAGUGCUAAACCGGCGAACUCCGGCUCCGCCCCUGCUCCUGCCCCCAAGCCAUCGAUGAUUGACGAGUGGGCUGCGUCGGUGAAGCCCAAAGCCGACCCUGCGGUCAUCAACAAACACAUAGAGAAGAUGGUGGACUCUGUCUUCAAGAACUUUGACACGGACGGGGACGGUCACAUCUCCAGGGAGGAGUUUGAGAUCAUCAGGAACAACUUCCCCUACCUCAGCAAGUUUGGAGAACUGGACAAAAACCAGUGAGAGACAAAACCAGCAUCUCAGCAACUGUUAACCAUCGGCUACAUAGCAACGGUCACGAAUAACUGAUAUUGUAACCGUAGGCUACGUAGCAACAGUCACGUAUAACUGAUAUUGCAACCGUAGGCUACGUAGCAACAGUCACGUGUAACUGAUAUUGUAACCGUAGGCUACGUAGCAACAGUCACGUGUAACUGAUAUUGUAACCGUAGGCUACGUAGCAACAGUCACGUGUAACUGAUAUUGUAACCGUAGGCUACGUAGCAACAGUCACGUGUAACUGAUAUUGUAACCGUAGGCUACGUAGCAACAGUCACGUGUAACUGAUAUUGUAACCGUAGGCUACGUAGCAACAAUCACGUGUAACUGAUAUUGUAACCGUAGGCUACGCAGCAACAGUCGUGUGUAACUGAUAUUGUAACCGUAGGCUACGUAGCAACAGUCACGUAUAACUGAUAUUGCAACCGUAGGCUACGUAGCAACAGUCACGUAUAACUGAUAUUGUAACCGUAGGCUACGCAGCAACAGUCACGUGUAACUGAUAUUGUAACCGUAGGCUACGUAGCAACAGUCACGUAUAACUGAUAUUGUAACCGUAGGCUACGUAGCAACAGUCACGUAUAACUGAUAUUGUAACCGUAGGCUACGUAGCAACAGUCACAUAUAACUGAUAUUGUAACCGUAGGCUACGUAGCAACAGUCACGUGUAACUGAUAUUGUAACCGUAGGCUACGCAGCAACAGUCACGUGUAACUGAUAUUGUAACCGUAUAUGUUAUAGUAUUGCACCAUUAGAUCGGGAAGGAGACACAUCUUGUUAAUCAUCUCAAUAUCUCUCUCCCUCGCUCUACCUCUCGCUAUCUCUCGCUCUCCAUUUCUCACUC